CCCUCUUCCCUUGUGUCAUAAUUCUCCCCAUCUGCAUCUCGAUAUCUCCUAAGCUCAUACUGAUCGAAUCUUACCCCUUUAGCUUCCCAGUAGCUGUCCCUUUUCUCCCCUCUCCUCAGCCUUAGGAGCUCUUCCCUGCAUCCCAUCGAAUCGACCCGCCUCGAAUCAUACCGAAUCCAGCAUCAUGGCGCAGUUAACUGCAACCACCUUCUCUACCGAUCCGGCUCUAUGGAUCUUCACUUCCUUGACCGCUGGGAAUAUGCACAUCGUGACCGCCACAUCCCGUCUCGAGACCAUCCUGCGCGCCAACCGCGUCCCCUUCAAAGCCAUCGAUCUCUCUACCGACGACAAGGCCCGCAUGCUCUGGGGCCGCCGUGCCGGCAAAGAUGCUUCGGGCCGGCCCAGGAAGCUCCCAGCUCUCAUACAAGAAGGCCUUGUGCUCGGCGAUAUCGUCGAGAUCGAAGAAUGGAACGAAUAUGGCGAGCUCAAGCAGCACGUCAAGAUCUACUACGACGAAUUCACCAUCCCCGAUAUCAACAAUAAGCCCAAGGAAAUCGUCAAGAAGAAAAUCAUCAAAAAAGUACCAAAGGGCACGUUGGCAGCGAAAGCCGCUGCAGCUGCCUCUGCAUCUGAGUCUUCCUCCUCCGCUCCUGCGCCACCACCUGCGCCUCCCUUGCCAACGGACGCGGCAUCAAGCGCUGCAGCACCUGUCAAAGAGAAGCCUGCCAGUACACCAAAGUCACCUGUUGAGAGCGUCUCGACCGCGUCACACCAGUCCAUCGCCGACGAGGCAGCUAAGAGGGCCAAGGAAAUCCGGCUGAAAUCGCUGCGCGAAAAGGUACAGGCAGCCGCAGACAAAAGGGCCGAGGGCGAAGCUGCAGCUGCCACUGCCACUGCGUCGACGCCGACCUCCGCAGAGCCUGAGAAGAAGGCUGAGGCCGAAGCCGCUGCCGAAACUACGACUGCGACCCCGGAAACGCCCCGAAAGCCCUCCGUAGCAAGCACUAGCAGUGGUUCGUCAGCCCAGAGCGCCAAGCCCCUCGGCCUACAGUCGCCGACUACGGGCUCUUGGGGUGUCGCUGCUACUACGGCAACCAACCCAGAUGCUCUGCGCGAGACACUUCAGUCGCCGACAACAGCCCGGUGGAAGCCCUCCGAUGUCGAUAAGCCCGUGACGGUCCAUAUGGGCGCCGAAGUGGCUUCUGCGUCGCAGGAAGAGAUUGCCGCAGUCGAGAAGGCCGAAGCUAUCAAGGAGGAGCCCAGCCAGGAGAACUCUGACGAGGAAGAGUCGGAGAAGAAGAAGAAGAUUGCUGAGGUUGGAAAGGCGGAGGCCAUCAAGGAGGAGCCGAAGACAGAGGAGCCGAAGAAGGAGGAGCUGAAGAAGGAAGAAGAGUCAGAGAAGAAGAAGGUUGCCGAGGUUGAGAAAGUGGGGAUCAUAAAGGAGGAGCCGGAAAAGCAGGCAGCUGAGGACACAACCAAGCUCGACGUGGCGGAGAAGGCAGCUGUGCCAAAGGAGGCUGCGGCGACGGAACAGACUUCGGCCCCUGCCGAAGAAGCCAAGGCAGCGCCGGCUGCGGAAGAUGAUGACGAAGAUGAAGAUGAUAGCGAGAACAGCAGCGAUGACAGUGAAGAGGAUGAGGACGAAAGUGAAAGUGAGACGAAGCCGAAGGCCACUGAGGCGAAGAAGGAGGAUGCUGGGCCAAAGGCGAAGGAGACAGAAAUAGCUUCCAGGCCUAAGCCGGCAGAGCCCAAGGACGAUGGGAAGCCUGUGGGAGACGCAUAGUUGUUGUGCAGGAGCAGUUGGGACGAGGAAUUGGGAAGAUGUUGGAUGUUUUUGAUGGGAAUACGUGUAGCUUUCAUCUCAGACUGUGACGUCUCUGGCCCUGAACAGUACACUUUCUUGCUACCGAACAUGGCCUUGUCGAAUCAACCGCGGAUGCUUGGUCAGGUCCCCUUUGACGCGCAACAAGUUAGGUGCUGCUGUCGCGUGGUGUAGUUAUAUGUGUCUUCACAUCUCCAAAUCACUGGCAAUGGUACCAUGUUCCGCUUUAAAAACUCAUUUCAUUA